AUGCCCCUAAGUGCAACGAGUGUGAAUACAACACCAAAGAGAAACACAUCCAAGAGGUUGUCUGCGGACUUCGAUGAUCUAGACAACCAUUUCCAUAAGCGAACGAGUAGUGCAGAUAGCAGAUAUGAUACGACUUUGAUGGAUACAGAGAGACAGGAUGAACAGUUGUUGAAGUCGCCGAAAGUACCAUCAACACCGUAUAACCAUGUUCGUCGUUCUUCCACGUCAUUGGGGUUCCUCGCUACACCAUUGCAAGUACAAGGAGAGUCUUCUGGUUUACCAAGAUCCUACUCUGAAAAUCCAAUAUCGUUAUCACCCAGUGCCAAGAUAAGGCUGUUACCACCAACGACGCCCAAAUCUAAACAUACAGAAGUAUUCCUUUCACCAUCACCAAAAUUGAAAAGUCCCAGUGUGUACAAGGAUAAUGGGAAACCCAUUAGGGAGAUUUCCAAUAAUUUGAAAACAAGAUUGAAUUAUGCAUUUGUCAAAUUACAAAACGGAUGGGUGGACAAGACUUUAUCUGAAUUGGAAACAGAAUUGGAAAUCACAUCAUCAUCAGCAUCAUCUAAUAGUAGACGGUCCCAAAAUACAAUAUAUUCUUCCUCUUCCUCAUAUGUCAACAAGUUCGCCAACACAAACGGUACCGGUAUCGAUAUUGGUGGUGCUGAUGGUGACUCCGAAUCCAUGUCUGCCAACGCUGCCUUCAUCAAGGCGUUAACGAGCCCGAGAAAGAAACCUAAUAGUUUAGCAAAUGAUAAUAACAAUCCAUUUCUAAGUUCACCAAAAUCGAACUCUGUAUCGCCGUUACGUUGGACAGGUCGAACUCCUUCAAUAGUUAAAAAGGAACCAAAUGAAGAUCAAGAAGAGAUGGAAGUGGAAGAAAAACCAUCGGAAGUGGAAGCCAUAGAGACACUGAUGUCUCUUUCCUCCCCAAAGAAAUCCAAAUACGAAGAAUCUACCUUGCUACCGAAAAGGAAUUCUUCAUCUCCAUCCGCAUCUUCAGAGACAACUAAUAAUGUACCUGAACUGGCACACCAUGAUGCUGAUCAAACAGACAUAGAGACGGAACUGGACUCCUCGUAUGCCUCUGAGUCGGAUGAUCAGAAUUGA